AUGAAGAAAGGAGAAUUGGAGAAGGCUCUGAGUCGAAAUGCGAAUUUAGUGGUUUCUAAGAGAGGAUGCCCAUUUUGUUUGGAUGCUGUAAAAACAUUGAAUGAAUGGAAAAUUGAGUUUGAUGAGAUCAAGAACACUGAGAAUGAAGAGCUUUCGAAGGAGAUAGAGGAAGAAUAUAAGUUUCCCACGUUUCCUAAGAUCUUUCUCAAUAAGAAAUUUAUUGGGGGAGCAAGUGACUUGAGGAAGUAUGUGACAACAAAGGAAUUUCUUGAUGCAUUUGGCUCUGGAAAGGAAUAA